GACUCAUUUGUAAAAGACCCACUCUUGAUGUCGAUGAAAAUAGUAGGGGACCAAAGCCAAAGGCAGUUUAUACAUUGAAUAAGGAUCAGAGACGUGUUGUGUGUGAAUGGAUUAAAUCAUUAAAAUUUCCAGAUGGGUAUGUCUCUAAUCUUGGAAGAUGUGUCGAUAUGAAAGAAUGUAAAUUGAUUGGUUUGAAAAGUCAUGACUGUCAUAUAAUCAUGCAAAGACUCAUUCCUAUUGCCUUUAGGGAACUCUUACCAAAUUUUGUAUGGGGUGCUAUUACAGAGUUAAGCAUUUUUCUACAUGAUAUAUGCUCCACAGUUUUGAGACAAUCACACAUGGAGAAAUUAGAAAGAGACAUUCCAAUAAUUUUGUGUAACUUGGAAAGGAUAUUUCCACCUUCAUUUUUUGAUUCUAUGGAACAUCUUUUAAUUCACUUGCCAUAUGAAGCCAAAGUUGGAGGACCUGUUCAUUUUCGAUGGAUGUAUCCUUUUGAAAGAUUCUUAUAUCAUUUGAAGAAAAAAAUCAAAAAUAAGGCACAUGUUGAAGCAUCUAUUGUUAAUGCAUACAUUGUUGAGAAAGUGACAACUUUUGCAUCAUAUUAUUUUGAGCCUCACGUUCAGAGCAAAAGGCAAAGGUCAAGAAGAAAUGAUGAAGGCCCUAUUGAUCCGAAUUUAAACUCAUUCUCAAUUUUUAACUACCUUGGUCGAUCAAGUGGACCCUGUAAGCAGAGAUAUUUAACUGGUCAAGAAUGGCGGGCAUCCCAUACAUAUAUUUUACUGAAUUGUCCAGAAGUAUCAUCAUUUUAUGAGUUAGUAUAUAUACAUAUAUAUUAUAUUUUUUAUGUCAUAACAUUUAGAGUUAUAAUUUUUUUUAUCGUAGGAUUUUUGAAAACUUAUAUUCUGAUUUAUCGACACAACAAUUUGAUCGCUUAUGUCAAGAAGAAUUUGCACCAUGGUUCAAAUCAUAUGUUCUUGAUAAUCAAACUAACCUUCAGCAAGAAUUUCUAAUCCAUCUGGCAUGAGGUCCAAAAGCAAUGGUACGCACUUGGCCAGCUUAUUUCAUAAAUGGAUAUAAUUUUCAUACUGAAAAUUAUGGAAUGGGAAAAACUACAAUGAAUAGUGGAGUUUGUGUUAAGUCAUCCAAUGAUGGAGAUGCAAGCAAUGAUUUUUAUGGUUUGCUGGAUGAAAUUUUAGAGAUAGAAUAUCCUGGCCCAGAAAUGCGAGUAAUUCUAUUCAUGUGUCGUUGGUUUGACCCUAUCAGAGGGAUGAAGGUGCAUCCACGAUAUAAUUUGGUUGAAAUAAAUCAUAAGAGAUUGUACAAGAAAUAUGAACCAUUUGUGUUGGCACAGCAAGCAAUUCAAGUUUUCUAUGCUUCAUAUCCUAGUCUGAAACGUGACAAAGUUGAUUGGUGGGCCGUUUGUAAAACGAAAGCACGGAAAAAAAUUGAGGAACGUUGGGAGGGCAUUGCUUAUCAACAAGAGAAAGUUACAAAUACAUUUCAUACUGAGGAAUAUAUUAUUCCAACGUUACGAGAUCCCAGCGGAGUAGUCAUAAACGUAGAUGCAACUGAAAUUGAUAUUGAUGAUGAUGAUGAUGAUGAGGAGGAGGAGGAGGAGGAGGAGGAGGAGGAUGACGACGACGACGACGACGAUGAUGAUGAUGACGAGGAUGAUAAUGACAAUGAGGACUUUGAUUUUUUGUAAUGGGUAAGUUUUGUUAUCUUAAUAAAAUAAAUUUUAUGAUAUUUUAUUUUUAUAUAUGAUACUGAUUUUUAGGAGCAGAUUUAGUUUUAAUCUGCAAAUUACAAAACUCAUAGCUCAAUUAGUUAAUCUGUCUCAAUUAGUAUAUAAUUAUUUUAUUUUUUCAUUUUUAUAUUUUAUAUGUUAAUACUCUGUAGUUUUU